AUGAAGUUCCCGUCGCUGAUUCUCGGCGUGCUGAUGGCUGCCGCCACUCUCGCUGGCGCUCUUCGGUCACCCCUCGACGGCUAUACCGCUGUUCCCAUGCGCCAGACAGGAAUCAACAACACCGAUGGCACGACUGUCGUGGUCAGCGGAACUGUUCAGGAGAUCCGAGCCGAGAUGGACGCCAUGGGUUCCUCAGUCAACUGGACCAUGACUUCUGACAGCGACGAGGACAUCUUUUGCUGGGUUGGUGGUAGCGGAAAGGUCGAGGGGGGUCCCCUACAGGAUGGGAUCAACUAUCUCAAGAAGCACGACCGACCAUGCACCGCGGAUCCCGGACCGCGCGUAUGUGCGCGCAUCAGUUGUUCCUGGAACUCGGCGAUCUGGCUCUGCAACGACACGCCGAACGGUAUUUCCCACGCAUGCGCCGACCUCGCUACAUACGUAGAGGACAUCCGCGAAGAAUGUCACGUGGGUGUGGGUAGAGAGCUCCUGAUCCAGGGCCAGCAGUUCGACACGGAAAACUUCAACGUCCUUGUAGGCAAGGAUAAUUGCUAG